AUGCUGGUCCCCCAGCUAGCGAACAACUUCAACGGCUUGGACGCGAAAACGAGGCUAGCACUCCGCGACAUUCGCGAUUUGAUUGGAAAGCUGGAUAAACGUCUCCGUGCAUCAAAUGAGAGUCAACGGGUUCUGAUCGAGACUGUGAACCACCUCGCGAAGGCUCUUAUCAAGCCUAGUUGGUGCGAUGACACAAAGAUUUCGGAGGCCCUGAGCUCAGUGGUGGAUCUUCUUCUCAACGGACAGGACCUAGAGAAGCGUAGGGUUUAUCCUAUCGAAGCGGACUUCAAAAAACAUCAGAUGAUCGUCUAG